AGAUCUUUGCAGUUCUGAACCUACAAAUUAACUCAAACGUUUCUUUCUUCUCCAAUUGAGCUGAAGGCUCUCUCCGAUGGCUGCAGUUCAUCCCGAUCAUCAUCAUCAUCAGACACCUAGCAGUAGCAGCACCACCGCCGCUUCUUCCUACAUGACUUGCAGAAGAGAAACAUUCACCGUAUGGAUGAAAUCUCUUGUCUUUCACGGAAAUGGCUGCACCGUCUUCGAUUCAAGCGGCGCGAUCGUAUACCGAAUCGACAACUACGACAAGAAGAGCGGCGGGAGCGAGGUCUAUCUCAUGGAUCUCCGAGGCAAAGUCCUCUUCUCUGUGCGACGAAAGAAACUCGGACCGUUCCGGCGUUGGAGCGGGUACAGAUGGAGCGGGUCGAGAGUGAUGGAGGAGAGGCCGCUGUUUGACGUGAGAAGAUACUGCAAUAUUCUCAAGAGAGACGUGGUUUGCCAUGUCAGUUUGGGGACUGGUAAAGCUAGGGCCUGCGGCUACACAAUACAGGGAUUGGCUGGAAAAUUAGAGUUCAAGCUUACAGAUAGCCAUGGAGGACUUGUUGCCGAGGUGAGGAAAAAGCAAUUAUCGUCAGGGCUUGUGCUGGGAGAAGAUGUUCUAAGCUUAGUGGUAGAACCCCAAACAGAUCAUUCCCUUGUGAUGGCUCUUGUAACUGUCUAUGGCAUAAUGGCAGAUAAGAUAUGAUCAUAUGAUAUUGAUUAAUUGAUACAGGCAUAUAUACAUACAUAGAUACAUGAUUGAAGCACAUACAUAUAUACAUACAUGAAUGAAAGAUCAACAAGAGGGUGCGGGUGCAGCAGCCUUGAGACAAUCUUCUUUGUUUGUUUGCUCUUUUUCCCUUCUUGUUGUCUCUUUGCAAGAUCAAGAUGCAUGUUCCUUUUCGGUUUAGUUAGGCAGAUUAAGGUCCCAUCAAUCGUUUCAAUGUUAAUCUGUUCAAAACCUUGGUGCUACGUAACCAGGGAAGUGAUAUUCAACAUACAUAGUAAACAACGUAAUCUUAGAUUGCGU